AAUCUCCUUAUCGGCCGCAUGAUAUCAUUUCUCCCGCAUCAAACAAAAAAUAUUGAUUUAGUUUCAACUCCAUUUCCACAACAAACAUCGACUACUAACAACUUUACCAUGGAAAUCAGCCUUUUAAAUGCCCCCAAUGCACUCCUCGCGCCAUAUCCAUGUCCCCACGGAAAUCAUCGUGCAAAUAGUCUCCUACGUCGCUGGGGGUGAGCUCGAGCGUCAGAAAACCCUGUAUGCCUGCUGUUUAGUAUCUCGCCAAUGGUACUCAGCUGCGAUCGCAUUUCUCUAUGAAAGGCCUCGAGUGGACUCCGGAAUAUCCUUCCAGAGGUUUACAGAAACCAUCAGUCCGCCAAUCGGUGUACGGAAGAACAAACUGAAUCUCGGGAGCUUCGUCCAUCGACUGAACCUAAGUCACCUCGUCCAUCAUAGCUCCAAUAGUCUAACUGCAAGACUACUGGGUCGAAUCAAAGAAAAUCUAGAAAUUUUCAUUGCCCCUACCCUAACCUUCUCAAUAAACAGCCUUCCAGCCCUAUCAAAAUGCACCAAUCUGCGACACCUCGACCUCGAACUCGUCCACGAAGCAAUCCCCUUCCCCGCCCUCAAACAAGCCAUAAGCCGCAUGCCCAAAUUAGUCGCCCUCAAACUCCCCCAAUCAACCAUCCUCACCGAUCCAGAAUCCUCCCAAAGUACCUGGCCACCCACCCUCACCCGCCUCCAGAUAAGCGGCCGCUUUAAUCCCCUCCUAAUCCCCACCUUCUCCUGGCCGCCCUCCCUCACCAGCCUAUCCCUUAAGAACUGCUCCGAGCUCUCCCUCUCAAACCUCAGCAGCCUCCUAAGCAGCCCGCACCUCGGCGAAAAGCUCACCCGCCUCACCAUUUCUGGCGCAAACCGCGGUCUAACCCCGGACUCAAUCAACGCCAUACCCGCCUUCCUGCCCAAUCUCAUCAUCCUAAGUGUACCCGGCGACAUGGUGGAGGACUCGUUCUUCAUUAUUCUGUGCCAUAUGUUCCCGCCAUUGGGUCUGGAGGUACUAGAAUUCGGGCUUCCGUGCGUUGACCUCAAGGUAAAUUUCACGACGAAAACGCUACUGGGGGCGCUCGAUACCGGACUGCCGAGUCUUCGUUCUAUCGGAUUUGCGGAGGAGCUUGUUACGGAUCAGCGGCUGGAGGAGGACGAGGAGAUCGAUGAAGUUCUCCAGGCACGGAAUGAACGUCGUCCGGCUCAGGCUGGGGCGGAAAGUCGGGAUGAUGAGGAGGAGAUAGGUGUCUAUUAUACAUGAUAUUUGUUCAUGCAUUACAAGAUGUAUAUAUUUUCAGCUACGAUUUACGAUUAGAGUAGCUUUAAAGCAGAUUUUUAUUUCAGCAAUC